CCCCGAGUGAGUGGAAGCAGCAGCUGCAGCGGGAGACCCCAGAACCAUGGGGUGCACGCGCGAUGCUAUCCUGGCUGCACUGGAGCACCUGACCGCAGACGAACUCAAGAAGUUCAAGAUGAAGCUGCUUUCAGUGCCGCUGCGCGAAGGCUACGGACGCAUCCCACGGGGCACGCUGCUGCCCAUGGAUGCCGUGGACCUCACCGACAAGCUCGUCAGCUACUAUCUGGAUGCUUAUGGCUCCGAGCUCACAGCGCUCGUGCUUUGCGACAUGGGCAUGCAGGAGGUGGCGAAGCAGCUGCAGGAGACUCUGCACAAGGGCCCUGGAACCAAGCCAGCCGGGAUCGAGGCCCCUCUCCAAACAGCAUCCAAGCCAGCACUGCACUUUGUGGACCAGCAUCGGGCAGCCCUCAUUGCACGGGUCACCUACGUGGAUGGGGUGCUGGACGCCCUGUACGGGAAGGUUCUGACAGAGGAGCAGUACCAGGAGGUGCGGGCAGAGAGCACCAGUUCUACCAAGAUGAGGAAGCUUUUCAGCUUUGCUCCAGCCUGGAACCUGACCUGCAAGAAUCUGCUCCUCCAGGCCCUGAGGGACACCCAGCCCUACCUGGUGGCUGACCUGGAGCAGAGCUGAGGCGUCUUCCCCAGCAGCAGCCCCAUAGACAAGCCCUGGCUGUUGCAGCCAACUUACCUGGAGUCUGAUUUUUUUUUUUUUCACAUAAUAUAUGAAAA